AAACCCCCCAAAAUUCAUAACCCUGUAAAUACAGUUUACACAUAGAGCAAUAUAGAGAGGGAAAGUAGAGAGAGAGACGCAAAAAUGGCAGGAUUCUCAUUUUCUAACAAUCCAUCAUCGUCUUCUUCAUCAUCAUCGUCCUCAUCCCCUUUCUUCUCUGCAUUAUCUUCAUCCUCACAAUCUGUACCAUUUUCAUUCUCAAACCCUUUAUCAGCAUCGUCGUCGGCGUCAUCAUCUCCAUCGCCAUUCUCAUUCGGAAAUGCAAACCCUAACCCUAGUUCAUCAUCCUCUGCCGCACCUUUGUCCCUCUUUGGCGGAUCUCAGCCCUCUUCUCCCUCGCCUUUCUCCUUCCCUUUCAAUUCCGCUUCAUCUUCUUCGUCUUCUCUAUCCGCAAACCCUAACCCUAUCUCCGCUCCAUCUCCGGCUUCUACAUUCGGUUUCGGAGCUGCAUCGACUUCGUUCGGGUUCAGUUCUUCUGCAUCGACUGCCGCGAGUCCUGGUUCGUCGCUGUUUGGAGCGCCUUCGGCCACUGCAUCUUCGUCUCCGUUUACGGCUUCUACGCUUUUUGGAUCGUCGGCUUCUGCGGGUUCAAAUAUGUUUGGAUCUACUUCGUCUACAACCCCUACUUUGUUUGGAUCUUCACAGUUUGGUACGGUUUCUACUGGUACGUCAACUUUAUUUGGACCUUCUUCUUCUUCCAAUUCGGGUUCGUCUGGUGCCUCAAACUUGUUUGGGUCUUCUUCGAGUUCGUUUGCUACUGGUGCCCCUACGGCAUUUGGGAUUUCUUCAAGUUCGGCUGCACCUACUUCAGCCUUUUCAUCUACACCGUUCGGAUCUGCUUCAUCAUCUUCGGCUUCAACCGCGCCUUCUUUGUUUUCAUCUUCUUCAUCUACUUCAAGUUCGAAUUUAGCUUCCCCUUUUUCUGCGGCACCUGCCUUUUCGUUUCCUGCUGGUUCGCCUUUUUCGAAGGGGACAGGAAGUUCUGCAUCUGCUAGUGUUUCAUCUUCAACACCUUCUGUGACGUCGUCGUCUUCCAGCUCAUCAAGCUUUUCAUUCGGAACUCCAUCCUCUUCUGGUCUUCAAUCUUCUAUUGGGUUUGGAAAUGCAGCUUCUACUGCUGCUUCAGCGGCCACUCUAUCUAUUACGCCUGCCGCAAAGCCUCCUUCGAUAGGUUUUGGAACUGCUUCUUCGUCAUUGUUUUCUACUGUCACGACCACCACCAGUGCUUCGACUCCAGCAGCCACAACAAUCCCUUCCUCAAUUGGGCCGGCAGUAGCAUUUCCCGCUUUUGGUGCGAGUUCUUCAUCCUCAACUACGGCUUCAGUGGCUGCAGCGAGUAGUGCAGCUGCUUCAUCUGCCCCUACUAUUGCCUUUACCGGUUUCGGAACCACCAGCACACCUACUUCCUCGGGCACUACCAGUUCAAUUCCAAGUUUUUCACUAUCGACGAAGACUUCUACGCCAACCUCAUCAUCGCAAACAGCUGCUGCCGGGUCUCUUUUUGGUGUACCUGCAUCUACUUCUGCAGCUGCAAGUUCUUCUAGUACCAGUACUGCUACUCAGACAACUUCAUCCCUUAUUGUUGCUUCCAGUAGCGGGACAACUUCAACUGUCAGCACGGGUGUAUCCCCGGCUCCAAAAUUACCGUCUGAAAUCACUGGGAAAACCGUUGAGGAGAUCAUCAAAGAGUGGAACUCUGAGCUACAAGAGCGCACUGGGAAAUUUCGAAAGCAGGCGAAUGCAAUAGCUGAGUGGGACAGGAGGAUCUUGCAGAAUCGUGAUAUUCUUCUUAGGCUCGAGACAGAAGUGUCUAAAGUGGUGGAGACACAAGCUUCCUUGGAGCGACAACUGGAGUUAAUUGAGACUCAUCAACAGGAGGUUGAUAAAGCCUUGCAGAGUAUGGAGGAAGAAGCUGAGCGUAUCUACAAAGAUGAGCGCGGAGUGCUUCUUGAUGACGAAGCUGCAUCCACAAGAGAUGCGAUGUAUGAUCAAGCUGAACUCACAGAGAGAGAAUUGGAACAGAUGGCAGAACAGAUCAAGUCUAUUAUUGAGACUCUUAAUACCAACCAGGGUGGAGAACUCGACAUGAUUGAUGGGAUGACUCCAUUAGAUUUUGUUGUUCGGAUUCUGAACAAUCAGCUAAGUUCCCUGAUGUGGAUUGAUGAGAAGGCUGAGGAAUUCUCCUCACGAAUUCAAAAGCUAGCAACCCAAGGUUCUGCAGCAGACCGUGAAGGUUCGAAAUUUUGGAUGACUUGAUAAGGAGUAAGUGGAGACUAAUCUUGAAAACAAACGAGUUCACAAAAAAAAGUGAAAUGUAGAGUGCAAGAUUACUUUUUGUGAUAAUUGUAGAGUGUGACAUUGAAGUACAAUUGUAUCACUUUUUCCUUCUGCUAUGCUCUUUUGCGUAGAUGAUUUGCUUGAGGCAAGGUUACAAAGAUUAAUUGUGUACGUGCACACUUUGGUGUGGUUAGUGUGCAUAUAUGUAUAUAUGUGUGUGUGUAUUUUUUUGGCUAUUGUGGAUUA